GUCAACGAGAAUUUUUGUUUUCAAUUUUCGCGUCGUAGUUGGUGUUUUUUAUUGAGAAUGGGUGAAGAAGGAGCUGCGGCGGGAGGGAUUGUGGCGGAAAAAGUGAUACAUACGUAUCCUUUGAUAAGGCACUCGGACAUGUCAGAAGAAAUGAGGACGGAAGCGGUUGAAUUAUCAGUGACAGCCUGUGAAAAAUUUUCUCAAAACAACGAAUUAGCUGCGCGAAUGGUGAAAGAGUCAAUGGACAAGAAAUUCGGUCCAGCUUUUCACGUCGUCGUAGGUGAGAGCUACGGUUUCGAAAUAACUUAUGAAUGUACAACGAUAUGCUACAUGUAUUUCGGCGGUAACCAGGCGAUUUGCAUUUGGAAGUGUUCGUGAAUGACAUUUUUUUUUGUGCCAAUAGUACCUACAGAAGAUUUGUUACGUUCGCUGGCAACCGUCCGGAAUAGAUAUGCGUCGAAAGUAAUCU